CUUCCGGUUCACUAGUGACGCUUCCGCUGUGGGCACGGUAGGCUCUGAGGUGGGUGUGGAGAUGGAGCCGGCAGCUGCUCGUGGGAGCCCCGCGCGGAAGCGCGUUCGAGCGGAGAGGAAGCGGCGGCAGUCGCCGCGGGCGGGAGACUCCGGCGAUGGGGGCGAGGAGGCUCGACGUGCCCGGCACCUGACGAUGUUGUCCGGGAAGCCGGAGGUGGAGCGGUGCCUGGAGGAGCUGGUGGUGGGCGGCAGCCAGGAGGCCGAGGAGGAGGAGACGCUGCAGCGGUUGCGGGCCCGGGGCAAGAAGCUUGAUACUGUCACAGGAAAUCUUCUAAAAGAGGACAUCAGUGACUCAGAAGUGGAGAAUGAAGCAAAAGAUAAUUUUCCUGCAUCUAAAAAACCUGCCUGGGUGGAUGAUGAUGAUGAAGUUGAGGAAAUAGUUGACAUGACACAUCGUUAUCGCAAAGGCAUGAUGAAAAGUGAUGCAGAGAAGAAGCUUACCAAAGAAAAACUUCAUCAGAGACUUCAAGAACAAUUUCAGAGAGCUAUGGGAGGCGUGCCUUUCUGGGCCCAGAAACACAAGAAGAAAGCCAGAAAAAAUGCAAAUGAUGAUGAUAGUGAUGAAGAUGAUGAGCUGCUUCACAAGACUGGCAAUUUUGUGUCUGCGUCAGAGACUUUACCAAGAGGCAUUUUACAGAUGAAAAAUUGCUUGCAUGCUAAUAAUGACCGCCUUUCUGAUGCUAAACUGACAACAGUGCAGUUCCAUCCUUCCGCUCAAGUAGUUAUGACUGCUGGACUUGAUCAGUCUAUAUCAUUGUUCCAGGUGGAUGGUAAAACUAAUCCAAAGAUACAGAGCAUACAUCUGGAAAGCUUUCCCGUUUAUAAGGCUCAUUUCAGUGCUGAUGGAGAACAGGUUAUAGCUACUAGUACAUGUAGUAAACUGUUUUAUGUGUAUGACAUGAUGAGUGGAAAUAUUGUUCCUGUAAAACAAAUAAGAGGAAUGCAAGAGAAAUUUAUCAGAAAGCAUUUGUUAACAAUGAAGACAAAGGAGCUGAUUGGCAGUAUGAAAAUAAAUGGAAAUGCUGUUGCAUCAGCAUUCUCUCCAGAUAGCAACAAAAUUUACACAAAUUCUGAUGAGGGUGAAGUUUUCAUUUGGGACGUGAAAAGUCGGCGCUGUAUAAACAGGUUCACUGAUGAAGGCUGCUUGCGUGGAACAUGUCUUGCUGUAUCAAAAAAUGGGCAGUAUGUGGCAUGUGGCUCCAGUUCAGGAGUUGUCAAUGUGUAUACCCAUGAUGUUUGCCUCAGAGAAAACAAUCCUAAACCAGUUAAAGCCAUAAUGAACCUGGUUACAGCUGCGACAUCUUUGUCCUUCAACCCUACCACGGAAAUUUUGGCAGUUGCCUCCAAUGCAGCAGAUGAUGCUGUCAAACUGGUACAUAUUCCUUCAUUUACUGUAUUCUCAAACUUCCCAGUGUUCAGAAAGAAGCUAAUUUAUCUUGCUCAGUCUAUGGACUUCUCUCCCAGAAGUGGAUUUUUUUCAAUAGGAAAUAACAAAGGCAAGGCUUUGUUGUAUAGGUUGAAACAUUAUUCAGAUUUCUAAAAAGAGACUGUGUGAGGAAAGCUACUUUGGAUCACAAAAUAUCCUGUAAUCUUCAGUUGCAAGUAUGCAGAUUAAAAAAAAACUGCUGACUUGAAAAAUAUUUUUGUAUUUUUAUGAAAGUUGUAAGUUCCAAUGUCCAAUAAAAACACCUAAUAACA